UUCAAGGUGUACUGGUAACAGGAAUUUCCUUUGCUCCACCCUUUCCCCGAACAUUAGGCUUGAAUUUUAUCGAGGACCUGCAAAAUCACCUUCAAAGAGCUGCCAUUGACUGCAUAUCGAUUAGCACAGCUAUUCGGCCAGGGUUCCAGCAUGAAGCACUUUACCAUCGUGCCUUGUACUACCAUCACCCUCAUCUUCCUCUCCAUCAUUCUUCGGAGUUCUUACUUAGCAGAGGCCAAAAUGAGCUCCAGAGUCUCCUUGACAGACCAUGGGGACAAUGGGAGCCAAUGGCCAUGCCCUGAUGUGCAAUUCUGCUCAGAUGUCGCCAAUUGCUGCCAGCUUGGGGUAGACGAAUAUGGCUGGAUUGCAGCUGCUGUUGGCUGGAGCCUCUGGUUUCUGACUCUCAUCCUGCUCUGUGUGGCUAAGAUCAUGAAACUCAGUCCCGACGAACCCAAGUAUUUGCAAGCAUGAGAGUUGGCAAGCCAGCAAGCACCAGCAUCCACCACGGUCAUCCAGGGAGGAGCAAAUGGGUUAAGAAGCAAUUAACUGCUUUGCUGAAGAAAGAAAAGGAUAGUUGGGCAUCUUAUACCAAAAAUGGGUUCAGAUCCAAGUGAGGCAUGGAAGUGCCUUCCCUGGGAAGUUUUAUAGCUGAUCCGCUCGAGCCAGCCAAGUCCUGGAGUGGAUGCCAGUCCCUUGUAGUAAUUUACACUUAGUCCUAUCAUGCAGAAUGCCCCCUCUUUCCUGGAUACCUGUACUCUGCUGUGAGCUUGCCACCUGCAAACCACCUAUCUUUGGCCCACAUAAUGCUCACAGAGGACAGUUCAGUACAUAGCUUUUGACUGUCAAACAGACAACAGGUUAGUGAA